UGAGGAACCACAUAGGCAACCUACAAUAAAAAGUCAAUUAGAGGAGUAACUUUUGACUUGUGGGUUCCUUUGUGGAGAGUCCCUAAGAGCUGGUCGCUGUGUGGGGGUCAUAAAACCGUUGUUGUUCUGUUGCUGCUUUACCUUUAAUUCUUUCCUUGGAUCAUCUGAUAGCGAUCAUGUCCUAAUAUGGUUAAAGGCUAUUAAAUGGAUAUUUGCUGAAUUUAAACAGUGUUAUUUGUCUGUCUUUAUCCAGGCAGAAGUAAAGCCCAGCAUUGAUUCCUGUUUGUUUAAAUAUUGAUAUGAGGAAUCCAAUGGUUUGCUGCCUGUGACAGCCAGGAGAAAAUUCAAACUCUUAUGGCCCUCCCAUGCAUUGAUUUAUUGGUUAUUAGUAAGGGUUAAAGGUCGAGGGUCAGUUGGCUUUUAAUGCUCCCUUUGAGAUUAAUGUUGGAGAUAAACUAUUGGUGUGAAGAUCUGGACAGUGAAAGGCAUACAGCGAGGGAGUUCUCCAUGUCUUCGCUGUAAAUUCCAAAUUAGCGUUGAAUGAAGUUUUCAGCCCCAUUGUGGCGAGGUUAACAUCACCUGUCUAGUGUGCGGUGUUCCUACCUGAGACAUUUUUACCUGUCAACAGUCCACACUGGGGUGUGCAUAUUGUAUAUCUUGUGUCUGCUUAGUGGAGUGUGUGCGUGUGUAAGUGUAUGUGUUAGGAUUAUUACCAGUUUUUUUGCCCAGUGUGUUUGGAGUAUAUACAUUUAGGAUUAGCAAUGUGACUCAGAGAGCAGAUAAAGGAAUUGGGCUUUAUUGUUAAACAGCCAACUAGCAUGUGAGGUACUGGCAGAGAUUCGGCCUUAAGUGAUCCAAAGAUCAAGAGCAGGGAACUCUUUAUCUCCAACGCCUCCGAUACCUACCCAGUAAAAGCGCUAAGAGGAAAGUGUAAGGUUGAGCACUUCCAAGACAUCUAUUCUGCGAAGAACUUCAACCCACGAGACGAUACCUUUUUCUAUGUGUUAGAAUAUAACCCCAAAACAAAGAGACUGGCCACCACGCAGGGGGAAAUUCGAGUCGGUCCGAGCCAUCAGGCUCGGCUGCCUGAAUUCAGGCGAGAUGUCCUCCCUAGCCAGAUGCCGGAGAAUCCCGAAAGAUGGGAAGAACUCCGCUGGCGUCCAUUUUCUGUUGGAGAUGGGGACUUGAUGAUGUAUCUCAGGGCAGCAAGAAGCGUGGCUGCCUUUGCUGGGAUGUGUGAUGGAGGGUCAACAGAAGACGGCUGCCAGGCGGCAUCAAUGGACGAAACAACCAUCAAUGCCAUGGAUACGCUCCAUAGAUGCAAUUACGACCACGGAAAGGCUCUUCAGGCAUUGGUUAAGUCACCUGCUCUCCGCAGCAUCGAGAAGAAAUGGACCGAGGAUGAGCUGAAACGUUUUGUGAAAGGUCUACGAACGUAUGGAAAAGACUUUUUCAAGAUUCGAAAAGAGCUAUUGCCAGCUAAAGAAACGGGAGAGCUGAUUGAGUACUACUAUUUCUGGAAGAAGACCCCAGCAGCUGCCAGCAAUAGACCUCACCGACGUCACAGGCGGCCCCCGUACAAACGUAACACCCGGUCCACCCGACCACCAUCCAGCGGGGUGGAGCAGAGUUCAGCCAGUGAGUGCUCGGAUGAUUCGGAUGACAGUGGAGGAAGUCGAGACCUGGCCAGAUACACAUGUAGACACUGCCUAACUACAGAUUCCAAAGAUUGGCACCAUGCUGGAAAAGACAAAAGCCUCCGCUGCACCCAGUGUCGCCUUUAUUACAAGCGGCACGGAGAAGAGCGCCCCCUAGACAGCCCAGAAGAUCCACCCUUCCUCUUUAAGCCUGUCAAAGAGGACCCGGAUGCUUUGGGAGGUCGUCACAAUAUGCGAACACGGCAAUCAAGAGAAACAGGAAAGAAUAAAAAGAAAGAAGUCAAUGGUAUAGAUACCGAAGAUAAUCAGAAGAGUGGAAAUCCCAAAUCUCCAAGUAGCAACAGUAGCUGUAGUACCAGCAGCUCCGACAAAGACUCCAAGCGUGACAUAAAGAAAGAGGAACCCAAAGCUAAAGGGAAAAAGAGACAGGCAAAUUCUGACAGUGACGAUAAGUCUAUAAAGAAGAAGAGGGCUGAGGACCGUUCAGACUCAGACUCGAUCUCAGACAGCAGCAGUAGUCUGGAGGAGCUCAGUAAUGAAGGCGAGGCUGACAACAAUCAGGAUGAUCUGAGUUCCUCGUCCCCACCCAGCACACCUCGGUCUGAGGAUACUGAAGUGAAAGCCAGUCAGUCCAACAAGUCUUCAUCUGGAAGUUAUAAUGACAGUGUACAAUCCAGGGCAGCAAUAGUCCACCCUGAACCUGUGAUUCCUCCCUCCUCUAGUCCUAAACCCUCAUCCCCCAAAUCUCUCUCCUCCACCCCUCCUAUCACCCAGCACCUCACCAAAACCAAAACUCCACUCUCACUGCCAUUGAGACCUUUCUGUUCCCAUCCAGACCCCAUUCGUGUGAGUUCCAACUCUUUCUCCCACUCAGUAUUUACGUCAGUGAAUUCCUUGUCAUCUUCAGACAGUCCAGUCUCACUUUCAACGGCCACAUCAGUUACAUCAUCUUCAUCAGCCAUUUGCCCGGAACCCACCCUGCAUUCACCUAAAAUUGGCAAUAAUAAGCAGGAGUCAUUCAAUCAACCCGGCCUACAUAAACCAGUAUUUGGGGCAACUCAGGAGUCCAAAACUUCAUUAUCUGUCCCGGAUUUAAAGUUUUCUUCAAACUCCAGUUUCACCCCUGUGUCGAGGUCUCCGUACGUGGAGCAGCAGACAACCCUGGCGUCUACUUCAGUGACCCCUGUGUAUCAAAAUGCCAUCAGCUCCUCAGGUGUGAGGGACCUAACUACAAUCAAGAAGGAGAGAAUCACACCUCCACCACUGGAGAGCUAUACAAGCACUAGCUUCAAAACCAAAGACUUGAUUGAGACAGACAAUCGCAAAACAACAGAAAGCAUUCACUUUGAUCUCAACAAUGUGAAAACAGAAUCUUCCCUGGAUUUAUCUAUAGGGUCAAAACAGUUCCCCUCUAUGCUGGAGCUCUCUGGACAGAACAAGUCCUCAGAGAGGCAGAGGACUGAGGAAGCGGGAACAACCCACCCUGAGGUGAAGGUGGAGAAAUUCCCAGAAAUUGACAUGGAGGAGGAGGAUAGUGAUCGGGAGGGAGGUGUUGUGACACGCGACCCCACCCCUGAACCACCUCCUGUACCGUGUAAUGUGGAAGUUCAUUGUGGCAGCAAGGAAGCAAAAUACCGGUUAAUCAAAGUGUUUGACAGAGGUUCAAAUAUCUGUUCUCGGUGUGAUAUUGUACUGAAGGGUUUACCCGAAUCAAAACUGACUCCAAAACCACGGACCAGUGGGUCAGUGUCAUCCAGCCACCCCCCUCCCCAGCAUACACCAGUCAAAGUGGAGGAUAAGAAAAAACCAGAGACUCCACCCCCCAACUCUACAGCUGAUGCACAGAUAACCAGUAGUCUAAGCAAUGUCCCUCAUCACUAUGACAGACAGACGCCCCGCUCCUAUCCAGACACGCCUGCUCUCAGGCAGCUCAGCGAAUACGCCAAGAAACCCACCAUCAGUAGUAUGGGUGGUGACCACUCCCCCAUGUCUCACCCUGGGCCCUAUGGACCUUACCAUCCACCAGGAAUGGACCACCUCCUGAACUACAGGAUACCCAUGUACCCUCCGGGCUCCAGGGAAAGACUUGAGCUAGAACUUGAAAGAGAUAAACGGGAGAGAGAUGCCAGGGAGAGGGAAAUCAGGGAAAGAGAGAUCCGAGACAUGGAAAUGAGGGAGAAAAUGGAAAUGAAAGCACCUGGAUUGGAGCGUUUACUUCCACCCCAUGGACCAAACCCUAUGGAUCCUCAGUGGUUAGAAUUCCAGAGGCGGUAUGGCAAUCUCCCCCCAGGGGCUCUUGGUCACCAUGGCGGUCCAUCAGGGUCCCACAUCCCAGGGGUUUACCCUCCAAGCAGCAUUGCCAGUGACUUGAUGCAGAGGGAAAGAGAAAGGCUCGAGAGAUUGGGAGUACCCCCAGGCCCUCAUUUUCCAUCCGAACUUUUCCAUCACGGAUCUGCAGCCGUGGCAGAGCGCUUAUCUGCCGAGCGUCUCCAUGCAGAGAGAAUGGCUCUGUCAGCUGACCCACUGGUCAGGCUACAGAUGGCCAGCCUCGGACUCCCAACCCCACCGGUGGGGGGCAUGAACCCAGGGGCCCACACUCACACACACUCGCAUUCACACACUCAUCUACACCUCCACCCUGGAGAGACCAACGCUGGAGUUCCGCCUCCACCCCCUUCACCUUUCCAUCCUCUCGGGGGACCCCCUCACUCCCUUCUGAAUCCUUUUGGUCCAGGAGCUGACCCCUUGGCAGUCAGUGCUGCUUCAGGCACACCAUCACACCUACCCUCUCUCCCCCCGGGUCUCCCCCCUCAUGCCGGGCUCUUGUCCCGCGAACAGGAGAUGUUACAGAAUGAGUUCUAUAGGAGAGCCUACGCAGAUCCUGGGCUGGCCCAUCAACUCUCUGCUCAGGCUGCACAACAUGAAGCCAUUCAGAGACAGCUAGCAAUGGAGAGGGAGAGGUUCGGACACAUGCCCCCACACUGAGGGGAGGGUCCGAGACAUCCCUACCCCCACACUAAGGGGGACAGAAAAAUCACAGAAUAAAACCUGUAGUUAUGUGACAUUCAAGUCUGUGCUACGUUAAUAAUCCCAAGGAAGGAUGUAAAAGAUCAGAAACACUCGAGGGAGGAAGUGCUGGCUAAUUUUAUCAAACCUAGUGUCGAACACUUUGUUUUUAUGCUAGAAUAUCUUUUACUUUUAUAUCUUAUGGGUUCUGUGUACAUAUUGUGAUACAAGGAUCUCAAAAACAUUUCAAACCAGGUUUGACAGACCAUGGUUUACUAGUGGAAGAGUCCAGUAUUUGCAAUCUAAGGUGUUUUUUCUCAGUGAAGGCAGCUGAAUAAGGAUUCAAAAAUACACAAUCAGCAAACAUUUUCCUAUGUCUGACAUGUUACCCAAGAACAUUACAGUUGCUUUUUGCUGUAAAAAAAAAGGUUUGCCAUCGAUUGUCAAGUUGUGAGUAAGAUUGACUUGAAGCAUUCCGAUGAAAAGUGCUAAAUUAUUGACUAUGGAAAUCCGCAUUGUAUGUAUAUAUAUGUAUAUGUACGUUUGUGAUAUACGAACCUUUUGAGUCCUUUUGAUUGCAAUGUUUUAUAUUUUAACUCCUUCUAGUUAGUGUGUGGGCACACUCACGGACCUGGGAAGGACACUGUUGCUGUCCGUAGAUUCAGAAUCCACAACAGCAAAUUAUUUCAUACAGCUGUAAAUGGAUGAGAUUAUCAAUACUUAUUAAAACCAUUAAUAUAAUUUCAUUUAAAAAAAAAAAACAAACCCCAAAUAUGAAAAAUGGCAAAUGAAUUCUGGAAUGUUAAAUUUGUAUUGACAGUGUUAUAAGUUUUUAGGAAUUAUAUUGUGUGAAAUACUGAGAUAGACUUGCACAUGAACGUUUCUUUGUGAAACAUCACAUUAUUUUAAUGGCAAUAAUUUAUCAUACAAACAUGUGGCUGUAGCAUGAGUUAACAUGGAAAUCACUGGUCUUGUGAAGUAGUGCUGAAUAUACUAAAGAAUCCAUACAAUUUUAUGUCAUAUUUUGUAAAACUUGUAUCUUGUGUGUGUGUGUGUGUCAUAAAUAUAUUAUUAUAUACAAAGUAUCAAAAUGAAAGUUGAAAAAACAAUAAAAUUAGAUAUUCCUCUGAUUGAGGAUAUAAUAUU